UUCAAAGUGAUCGAUUCAUCCGGACUGGGGCUCGCGCGCUGCUGGGUAACUCACGGUCCCGGACUGAAUGCGCUCACGAUACGCCGUUACUGAGCAACAACUCGUUAGUGUGACAUUUGUGAAAUCCGACUAAACCGAACAACCAUGGCGGAUCCAAGAAUACGACAGAUUACGAUUAAAACCGGUGUCGUUAGGAGGCUGGCCAAAGAGGAGAUUGCGUACAUAACAGAGGCAAAACAGCAGGAGGAGAAGGUCGAGCGCCUGAAAGCAGAGGCGGGAGACGAGUAUGUUAUCAAGAAACAGAUGGAGGUGCUGCAGGAGUCCAGAAUGAUGAUCCGAGACUGCCACCUCCGUCUGGCCAGAGCACAUGCAGACCUGCUUCAGAUACUAGAAACAGAAGAGGAUUUGGCUGAAUCAGAGCAGUACAAAGAGGCUAGAAACAUAUUGGACUCAGUGAAGCUUGAAGGAUGAUGUUCUCACUGUGAGAUUCGCUACUUAAAUGUCCAUUCCUUUUGUCAGGCCUUGUUUGGAACCACGGAAGCAAACAGAGUCUUUUCAAGCUUCUUGCUUUAUAAGUAGUAAUUAUUUCUACAUGUUAACGUGCCACUGAAUUUUAACAUGCUUCUCCUGUGUGUACAAUCUCACAAGCAUCUAAGUAAACAUUCUCUAUUUCUUACAGAACAUGAGUAGUGGGUUUUUGUUGUUAGUUAUUUUGUCAUACAGUUCACAUUUACGAUUUCAUUUCAUAGAUGUGAUUAAAUAUACACUCA